AUGGCCCUUGUUCUUGAAAACACAGUUUUGGCAGUUUUGUUUUUCAUCUUAACUUCAGUGCAGGUUUCAAUUGGAGAGGUUCAUAAGGUGGGAGAUUCUGCAGGUUGGACCACCAUUGGAAAUGUUGAUUAUAAGCAGUGGUCAGCUACAAAGAAUUUCCAAAUUGGUGAUGUCAUUGUUUUUGAGUACAACCCUCAGUUUCACAAUGUGAUGCAAGUUACACAUGCUGAGUACAAGUCAUGCAAUGCAUCUUCUCCUAUUUCUACUCACACUACUGGAAAUGACUCCAUAACCAUCAGUACUCAUGGUCACCACUUCUUCAUGUGUGCCGUACCCGGUCACUGCCAGGCUGGACAGAAAGUCGAUAUCAAUGUUCUUCGCUCUCCUUCAGUCGCCCCUUCACCUUCUUCAGUAUCCUCUCCCAUUCAUAUGGUACCUGCACCUUCUCCCAAUGCAGCACGAUUCUCGGCUUUAAAUAAGCCAUUUGAGAAGCUUGGAUGGCUAUUGGUGGUUUUGCAGCUUUUAUUCGUGGUUUCUUAA